AUGAAAAAAGGACCCGAAAGCGGAGCUUGUCCCCUUGCGACUUCAGGCAAUUUAGUGGAGUCAAAUCCAGACAAUAACAGAAGCAGUGGAGCUUCAGUGAAAGAGAAAGACAUGCUUUCCUCUUCUGGAGAACUGGAAAACAUACAGCUGAAACCCAGCAGGGAAACAUCUAGGAAAAAACUCUGUGGCUAUUUAAAUAAGCUGGGCAUCAAGGGGCCAAUCAAGACCUGGAAGUCUCGCUGGUUCUUUUAUGAUGAAAACAAAUGUCAUUUACUCUACUACAGAACUGCACAGGACGUCAACCCUUUGGGGUCUAUUGAUCUCUCCAGUGCCAGCUUUGACUGCAAGGUGGAAAAUGGGGAAGGGGUUUUUGAGAUCAGAACACCAAACAGAGUUUUUACUUUGAAGGCAAUCAGCAAACAGGCAAUGCUGUACUGGCUGCAGCAGCUCCAAAUGAGACGUUGGGAAUUUUGCAACGCUGAGAGCAGAUUUCCUAUGGACAGCCCCCAGCUUGUGAAUGAAACUCUGGCUGGCAGAACAAAUGUUGCUGACAAUGAAGACUUUCUGCCUUUGGUGAAAACACCAACAGAAGCAGUGGGUUUAAAGGCAGCAUCUUUGCCUGCACCCCAAACGUCUACUGCUUUGCAGAACAUCUCCCUUAAGCACCCCUGGACAGAGAUACAAAACACUGUCUACAAUAUCUGUGGCUCCAAGCAGCUCUGGGGGAACAAUGGGAAUGUCUUUAGCUUCAGUGAAUUCCAUGAUCAUCCUGAGAACCUGGAUGAGGAGCAAGAGGCAGAAGUGGAGGCAGGGUGUGCAGUUAAGGAGGAGACCCCAGAGGACGGGAGGAUGGAGCCCAGGCUGAAGUGGGUUAGGAAAGCCAGGUGGAUGAACAGUGGCUUCCCAGGCUUGCCUGAAGAACUGUCCAGGGAGAGGAACCCAAUGGAUAAAGUGAGUGUCCUUCAGCAACAGAUCCUGACACUCACAGAGGAAGUCAAGUCACAGAAGGAGCUGGUUAAACUUCUCCACAAAGCUCUGGAGGCAGCCCAGCAGGAGAAGCGAGUAUCUAGCAUGUAUCUCACUGCAGCAGAAGAUAAGGACAGGCUCGAGCUGGUGCGCCACAAAGUGAGACAAAUUGCAGAUCUCACCAGUCGACUGGAAGCUCUUGAGCAACAAAAGAAGGAACUGGAGCAGAUACUGACUCUGAGAGACAGCCACAUCCAGGAACUCAAGGAGCAUGUGCAGCUUCUGAUGGAGAAGAACCAUGCCAAACAGCAAGUCAUCAUGGCCUUGACGGAGCAGAUGGCCCGAGAACUCUCUGACCCCCUGCAAGAAGACAACACUAUCACUGCAGAGACGUUGUAUAAGCAGCAGGAGGAGAUUGAGCACCUGAAGGAUGAUAUUGAUGCAUACAAAACCCAGAACCAAUUUCUCAACUCGGAGAUCCACCAGGUUACUCGACUCUGGACAAGUGUUGCUGAAAAUGAAAAAGCCCUUCUAAUGAAGUGUGCCUGCCUGCAAGCACGAAACUGCCAGAUGGAGAGCAAAUACCUGACAGUCCUGCGGAAGCUGCAAGAGACUGUGCCUGGCCUGCCCAGCUCCCAUGCUGAGUUGGUGAGGAACCUCAUCCAGGAAGCGCUCCAGUGGGAUGUGAAGGAGGAAGCAGAAGAAGGUUUUAAUCUGAACCCUGUAAGUGAGUAUGAUGAGUAUGGGUUUAUGACUGUACCUGACUAUGAAGUUGAGGACUGGAAACUUCUGGCCAAAAUCCAAGCCCUGGAGAUAAAGUCCAACAACCUGCGGAGCCAGGAAGUAGUGGAGAAGCCCCUCCGCGACAGGUGGAACAGCGUUGGAGAGCUGAACCCCUCUGCAGAGCUAAAGAGCCUGAUCCGAAGUGGCAUUCCAGUGGAGCAUCGGCAGCGAGUCUGGAGGUGGAUUGUCAGCCAACACUGUAGCCAUCUGCCUGAGCACUACCAGUGGCUGUUACGGCAGAGCAAGAGCACCGAGCACCCUGCCUGCCGGCAGAUAGAGCUUGACCUGCACCGCACACUGACCAACAACAAACAUUUUUCCUCUCCCACCUCCCAGCUCAUCCCCAGGCUCCGGAGGGUGUUGCUGGCAUUCUCCUGGCACAAUCCUGCCAUUGGAUACUGCCAGGGACUGAACAGAUUGGCAGCUGUUGCCCUCCUGGUCCUGGAAGAUGAGGAAAGUGCUUUCUGGUGCCUAGUCCAUAUUGUGGAGAACCUAAUGCCAGCUGACUACUACAGUAACACACUGAUAACAUCACAG